AUGCGCGUUCCUCUUCGUACGGUGCCAGCACAGGCAGCAUCACAGGCGACCAAGUUCGACAUAGCCGACCGACUUGACGAGAUGCCGCCUGCUCAGACACCACAAGACCAAAGCGUCACCGUCAUUCUGGCCGAUCUGCUCAUACCCGGCCGUGGCAAUCCCCUCAGCGAUGCCGCCGUCGCCGUGGUGGAUGACAAGAUUGCCUUCGUUGGCUUGGCCAAGGAGCUGCCGGACAAGUAUCGAUCGGCCAACACCGUCAGCGUCCCCGUCGUGAUGCCGGGCCUCUGGGAUGUCCACGUCCACUUCAUGGGCAUGGACGUUGCGACCGACUUCAAGGAGGGCAUGUUCAACUUCCUACCCGGCUCCAAUGCGCUCAUCGGCGCCGUCACCGUCGCAGACCUCGAGAGGACGCUGAUGGCCGGCUACACCUCCGUCCGAGAGCUCUGCGGGUACGCCGGUGACCUCGUCCCCGCCAUUGAGUCUGGGCGCCUCGUGGCCCCGAACGUGUACUCCUCCAUCGCCGCUAUGUCUAUCAGCGGCGGCCACGGCGACGAGCACACGUCUCCCAUCGACACGGUGGUCAACUUCGCCCGGUGCGGCGGGCCCUGCGCCAUCGCGGACGGCCCGGACGACUGCACCAAGCAAGUGAGGCUACUGGUUCGUCGCGGCGCGCGGUGUAUCAAGGUCUGCUCGAGCGGCGGCGUACUGAGCGUGCUGGACGACCCCGAAGACAGGCAGUUCUCGGACGACGAGCUCAAGGCCAUCGUCGACGAGGCCGCGCGCUCCCGCCGAGCGGUUGCGGCUCACGCCAUCGGCAAGGCGGGCAUCAUGGCUGCGCUGCGGGCCGGCGUGAAGAGCAUCGAGCACGGCAUGUACCUGGACGACGAGGUUGCCGAUGCCAUGCUGGAGAAGGGCGCCAUCUUCGUGGCUACACAGCACAUUGUCAACACUGUCAGCAAGGACCCCACGCUGCCGCCGCACAUGGCGCGCAAGAUCGAGAAGCUCCUCCAGAGGGCCGCGGACUCGUAUGCUCUGGCCAUCAAGAGGGGCAUCAAGAUCGCUCUCGGGACGGACACGCUCAGCAGCGACCACACCAAGGAGAUGGCGCACGGAAACAACGCCAGGGAGCUUUACUGGGCCGUGAAGAGGGGUAUGACGCCGCUGCAGGCUAUCGAGGCCGGCACGGCCAAUGCCCCUGAAGUUCUCGGCGGGAUGGCGCCCCUGAGUGGCCAGUUGAAAGAGGGGUUUGAUGCGGACCUGAUUGCCGUUACAAAGAGUCCUCUCGACGAUAUCAAGGUGCUGUUGAACCAGGAGAACAUUACGCACGUCUGGAAAGGGGGGAGGUUGUUCAAGUUUCCUUGA